GUCUCUACUCGUUCACCAACCCUGGUCGUGACGUCACUGGCCUCCACAGUCCUUGACAGAUUAAAGAUGGCGCCCUCGCAUACACUGAGGUGCUGCAAGCGUACUAUUAACUGGAUACCUGUCCUCUUUAUCAACCUGGUCGUGGGAUGGUCGUACUACGCUUAUGUUGUGGAGCUUUGUGUUUAUACAAUCCCCAAAAAUGCAGAACGAAUUGGCUACUUGGUCAUCUUCCACGUUUUCUUCUUCGUGUUCAUAUGGUCUUACUGGAAAACUAUCUGGACAAGACCAGCUGAACCAUCAAAAGCGUUCACCCUGCCGAGAGCGGAGAAGGAACUGUUCGAAAGAGAAGAGCGAGCCGAGAUGCAACAAGAAAUUCUAAAGAAAGCGGCGAGAAUUUUACCUGUCUACACUCGUACAGCAGGAGGAGCCAUUCGAUACUGUGAUCACUGCCAGGUAGUUAAACCUGACCGCUGUCACCACUGCUCCACCUGUGAGACGUGUGUGCUCAAAAUGGAUCAUCACUGUCCCUGGGUAAAUAACUGUGUCGGCUUCUCCAACUACAAGUACUUUGUCUUGUUUUUGACAUAUGCCUCACUCUACUGUGCAGUAAUUUGUGCAACAGUCGUCCAAUACUUCAUCAAAUUCUGGACUAAACAGCUUCCUGACACACAUUCAGCCAAAUUCCACAUAUUGUUCCUGUUCUUUGUGGCGGUGCUGUUUUUCAUCAGUAUCUUAUCGCUCCUCAGCUACCACCUCUGGCUUGUAGGCAAGAACAGGACCACCAUAGAGGCUUUUAGGGCUCCAGUGUUUGCAAAUGGUCCAGACAAAAAUGGAUUUUCACUCGGCUUCAAGCGGAAUGUAGCUGAGGUGUUCGGGGAUGAAGCAAAAUACUUUAUAUUUCCUGUUUUUUCCAGUCUGGGGGACGGACAUUCAUUCGUUACCAGAUUGGUGCACAUAGAUCCUGAACAGGCAAACAGAGUCCUGCAGCAAAAUGGCAAAAGCCCUUCCAUGGAGGAACCAAACCCUAAUGUGCUGGCCAACACUACGCAACACAUAGUGGAUGAAAACAUGAAGAACAAUGGUGCCGCCCACAUCGUGUCUGUGGCCAUGGAAAGCGAGCAAUAGAAGGUCAUAUCAGGCACAACAGCAGACCUCACACGCUGCCUUGACCAUCAGCACAUCCCCAGGAGCCGUCACCUCUCCUAAGAUAGGAUUGAACUGUCUCAUUGCUCCUUUUUUUAAUUUAACGACCUUGCCACACUGCCAAUACUGCUCUAAACGUGUGCAGUAGCAGUCCAUAAUUCCUACACAAGUUUUGUAUUUUGUUGUGGUCCAAAUAAAUUAACAGCUCACUGUUAGUGCUUUAUGCUACCAGUCAGUGUGUGUUUUUAACUGCACUGAGUAAUUGCAUACUACUUAGUAUUAUACUAGCAAAGCAUUGACAAUUACAUCUUGUUUGCCUCAGUCAGACUUCUUCAUUUCUUAUUACUGGAUCAGGAGUGAGGACCACUGCCAACAGUAUGUGCAAUAUGUCUGACAGGAUUCAGCAUAGUAACGUCACUUUUUAUCUGGUUUCAGUUUACAUCAAAUGAUUUUUAUGUUUACAGUGUCAAAUUAUGUAUUUUUAUACAUAUUUAUAUAUAUAUAUGUAUAUAUCAAUGACGUACACCAUUCAUUUUAGUGUGAAAAUUACCUAUUAAAUAGUAAUGUGUCAUUCCAAGUAGAUAUUUUAACACCUAGCUCCUAAAAACUGCACUAUUAACACUUGCAA